AUGAAUACUGAAAUCGCUUCUUUUUUUGAUAAUCCAGAUCUUGCAGCAAAGUAGUCAUCUCUUUGGUAGAUUCUGAAUUAGGAAGUUUACGAUGUAAAUCUUGUCUCAAUUUCUAGAAUGAUAAUAUAAUUUUCGAGCAGGAUUGCUACAAGAUUGGUGGGAAGUCGAAAUAAUUGAAACCAAUUACAAUCUAACUUGGAAAUGAGCAUUUAUAUUACAUCAAAAAAGAAACAAUGUUUUAGAUAUAAACUACUAUUGUUAUGAUGAAUAUAAUUAAACAUGAUUAACAUGGUAGCAUUAUUAGGUUGUCACGAAAUGGAAAGUAUAUUGAUUUAAAAUUUGAAGAUUAUAAUGCUUUUAAGAAUCUUCUAAAUUGCAGAUGUUUAUAAUCUACAUUCCAUGAUGAAUUUGGAGUUACGAAAAUGAUUGGCAAAGGAAGUUUUGCUAAAGUUUAUUUGGCGACAAAAAAAUCUACUGGUAUAAAUUACGCAGUCAAAGCAUUUAAUAAAGAAUUCAUGUUAGAACAAUUUAAAGGUAGGGAAUCAUUGGAAAACGAAAUUAAAGUAAUGAGAAGAUUGAAUCAAGAAAAUCUAGUAAGACUGCAUGAAGUUUAUGAAACUUAAAAUUCCAUUUAUUUUAUUUUGGAUAUUUUGAAAGGAGGCGAAUUGCUAUCUAGAGUCAAAUCGUAGCCCUUAUCUGCCCCUAAUCUACAAAAAUUAAUGUAUAAUCUGAUGAAAGCACUCUGCCAUCUACAUUCAAAAAAAUGCAUCCAUCGAGACUUGAAACCAGAAAACCUAUUAUUAAAAGAAAAAGAUAAUGAUACUGAUGUAGUAAUUGCAGACUUUGGAUUAGCUUGUUUUCUUAAUGAAGAUAUCCUAUUUAAAAGAUGCGGAACACCUGGAUUCGUUGCUCCUGAAAUAUUGGCAUAUAAAGAAGGAGAUCCCUUCUAUGAUGAAAAAUGCGAUGUGUUUAGUGCAGGAGUAAUCUUUUACAUUCUCUUGACUGGUAGACAACCCUUCCAAGGGACUGACUACAAAGCCAUCCUGAGAGCAAAUAAGAAUUGUGAGAUCAAUUACAACCUAAAAUAAAUAUAAACAGUAAUUAAAUAAUAGUAUUAUAGGGUCCUUUAUAAUUAGUAGAUUUGCUAAAGAAGAUGUUAUAUCCAGAACCUAAAGGAAGAGUUUCAUCUGAGGAUUGCCUAAAACAUCCAUACUUCAAGGAGAUCUUCAAGGAGCAAGACUUGAUCGAUAUAUAAGACAAUCUUCGAGAAUAUGAGAAGGACUUUGUCUAUGGAUUAGGAAAGUAAUAAGGGUAAUAAACACUAUUAAAUUGUGAUAGACCUUCGAGUCAAGUUGGAUCGAUGCAAUUACAAUAGAGACAACCUGCUUUGAAUGGGAGAAUAGACACUAUGGGCUCAUUUUCUAAUGUGUCCAAUAAUGGAUCAGUAACUAGAUUAGAUUAGAAGCCCUAACCUCAUUAAAGUAAAUUUAGUUAAUUCAGUUAAUCUAUGAAGUAGUAACUCAAUCCGGAUGCAAGUAUCGAAACUAUUAUAUUGUAUAUAGAUUCACCAGUAGCCAAGAAAAGCAAUUAAUCAGAUUUACGAAAGACUGCAUUGAAAAAUUCGUUUUAAUAAUAAAUUAAUCAAAUGGGGAAGGAGGAUGAUUGUGUUGAUGAUGAGACAUCUCAAUUGGAAGAUGCAAUAUCAAAAUUAAAUGCUUAAACACCAAAAAUGGGGUUGAAAAAAGCAAGUUCCUUUAAAGUACAAAAAUCAACAAUGGAAUGAGAUAUUUACUAA